AGAAAUCUAGACGUCUAGAACCUAGAAAUCAAAGAACAACGAAAUCAGUAAGAAAAAUAAAGAAAAAAAGAAAGAUCUUACAAAAUCUAGAAAAUUCUGAGAAAUCUAGAAAAUCCCAGAACAUCUAUGAAGAAGUUAGAAAAUGAUCGAAAACCUCUAUCAAUAGAGGUUCUUAUAGAAGUUCUCAACUAUUUUAGUUUAAGUGACCGGAGAAUCACCAUGAUCGGUACCGGGACCAGAAAGUUUCCAGAUCAAAUGCAAAUGUGUCUGGGUCCGGAAGAAUGCAAGACUUGUCAUGCAGGUUUUCCAUGACCCAUGAGGUCUAGUAUGUAGGACAUAGCAUGACAGAGUCUGUGAGCGUUCUAUCAUGCCUAUCCUGCAUGAGAAACUGCCUCUCGAUUAGGUCAAAAGUGGACAGCUUUUGAUAAUCAUGCAACACAGAGUUUUACAUGAUUCAGAUUUAGCAUGACAAGUUGCUUUGUUCCAGACCCAGACACUUUUGCAUUUGAUAGUAGCACCGCAGGUGAUCCAGGGGCUCGUGGACAUUGACACGCAGCGCUAUUUAUGAACCGCAAAUAUCCCUGGAUGUCUGGACACGAAACUUGUGAUGCUGAGUGGCGUAUCAGGAGGAGGCCACAAGUGCCGGCUGAGCAUGACGAGUUUCUGAGCUUCUAGGUGUUGCCUAGUAUUCUGCGUGACAAAUUGCGUUUCUGCGUGACAGAAGAAUGGAGCAGCUCUUGGGUAACGCGCGUGACAGUGGCCACAUAGAUUAUGCUUCUCUUCUAGUCGUAGUUCGUUCUCCCCUCUUUUUCAUCUGAAAAUUUGAAGUUUCUCUGUGCUUUAAUUUGGUCUUUCCAGUACAUAAACACAAGCAUGACAAACUUGCAUUUUUCCAAACACCAGACAUAUUUGCAAUGCAUACUGAUUGGUCGACCAGCUGCAGAAGGAGGGGAAGGAGGUAACCAACUGUUUGUGUAUAUUACAAGAAAAAGAUAUAAAACGCAGUACGUGCGUGUCUUCGUAGUAGAAUCACCACGAUCGGAACCGGGACCAGAAAGUUUCCAGAGUCCCUAAUAUUUCCGGCCGAACCUGCUCGCCCCACUCAAAUCAGUUCUGCUCGUCUUGGGCUGAAACAGCGACUGGGGGAACUACGGCAACUCCACCGAGAACCAGAAGCAGAACCUCUUCCUCCCAAGGUGAAAAUGCGGAAAGCGCAGCCACUGGAAACAAGCGAGGAGUAAAAAAUCGAAACCGCGAGCAAGGUGGUGCGAGGAGAGAAGAAUUGGAGGCGUUGAGAUCGCAGCUGAUGGCCGAAGAUUUCAUUUCCGGCCGGAGCUUCAACGCGGCGCAGGUCGGGAUGCAAAAUUCCUUCUACGGCACGACGAGUCACAACUUCAUGUCGACUUUAUCCUCCUUGGAUGUCGAGCCGGGGUCCCCGAAAUUUCCCUCUAGCAACCGGCAUCGGAAAAACCAAGACGACUUUGCGAACACCAGUAAGAUUGUAAACAGUCGCGCGGACAACACAAACGCUAGUAGGUACGUUCCCGCGGGUGGGAAAACGUCAGUCACAAACCGGCGACGGAACAUGUACUUGCCUGGAAAUCACGAACAUGAUGGUGAGUCAACUACUUCUCCAAAUGAAACAAAGGAUUUUAUCCUGAGUAAAAACGCACCCACACCAGAGUCAGGAUGGGGAUUUUGCAACACAAACCUAGGAGUUUUGUGAGUCACGCUCGACAAGCUGCACUCUGCAGUCUAGUGCAGGUUAGCAAGUGCAGCCGCGUCACAGAUUCAUCUGCUCAUCCUGUUCACAGCAUCACAAAUUCCAAAACACGACUGGAAAUGGCUCUCAUGGGGGAUGCGCAUUACAAGUCUUCCUGUCUUUGCAAAUCUGCAUUACAGCUCUGGUGUGGGUACGUUUUUACUCAGGAUAGAUUUGGGUAUGAGUUCCACCGUGCAGCUGAGUUACGACGAAAUCGUUCGGGGCGGACAUCAACUGAAACCCUUGGAGCCGAUUACAGUAACCGCGAAGAGGUUUGCAAGGGCGAGUCGGUAUCGGGAUCAUGAUGCUAGUGGAAUAAACGAGGAAGGACAAGAAGGAAAUCAAACAGGAGCAGGACGAGUUGCGGCCGCGCAACACACUGCAGACGAGGCAGCAGGGGGUCGUGUAGUAUCUGGGCCUUCUAGAAGUCAGCAUCACCACCAGACACAUCAGCAUCCACGAAGUCUUGGUGCUUCGUCUUCCUCCAACUACCAACAAAUUGCGGCCCAGCACGCGCACCAGGCUUUGGAAAACGCGAUGGACCUAGAUAAGGACGAGAUUUUCCUCCUCCACGACCUAGAAAAUUUACAUAUGACCGACACCAACGCAGACGCGCACCCGAGCGACUCCAUUUUUCUGAGUAGUCGUGGCGCAGGAGCGCCAGCGCCGGCGGGAGCGAUUACAACAACCUGUGCGCCGGAUGAAGGGGUUAGUUGUACCACGCGGGAUCAUCAUCAUCAUCAUCAUCUGCGAGAACCUCCAAGGUUGUCUGUAGACACGAGUAAUGGUGCCGCCGCGACAUCGAGUUUGGGAUUGGGAACAAACAUUGGGACGUGUAGCAGCUUGUCUUCCUCUUGCGGAGCGGGCGGUCUUUCUAUACCAGAUGCCUUAGACCAGUUGAAGUUCAACACCCUGGUGACUACAUCAAGUGGCCACGGGAGCGGUGCUGGAGCAGGUGGAACGAUGAACAAGCGGGGUUCAUUGAAUCCUUACACCGGGGUGUUGAACGACAAGUAUGUCGACGCACGAAAACUGCAGCCGCUGGAGAUAGGUGAAAAAGCUGCGGCGAAGAAUCCGCAAGAUGUUGAUGAAGAACCCAUGAUGAGUCAGCGAACUGAGGCAAGCAGUAUUCAAUUGUUGAACAGUCCGAGGGAUCUCUUGAAAAACCUUUUGUGAUAGUUUUGCUUUGUUUCUUCGCCCUUCGGGAUGUGAUGUUAGUUAAUUUACAAUUUCAUUGAGAAUGUACAUGUACUUGAGCCAGAAUUUUAUGACUAGCACCUCCAGCGGUAGCAGCUGCUGCAUGUGUUAUGAGCAAAAAUGUAAACCUAAAGCUAAUCAUUGCGCUCCUAAUUGAUGAGUACUUACUAUGUAAUAUCCUACGUAAAGUUUAAGUUCUAGAAGAACUCAAAGAUAAAAAUGAACGCUGUUGAAACUUUUCUGCUCCUCCUUUUGGAGCAAAUGUCAGAUAGGGUUAUUCGGUGAAAGAGAAGUUUUUUCGCGACCGUGCUAUCUAUCAGGUAGAGGCACCCGUACACUAGAUGAAGCUGUUUUUGAGUAGAAGAUGUCCGCGAAAUGCAAAGGCUGCGAGCCGGUUCUCUUCUUCCUAUUACAGGACUUUGUUGUACUGGGAGUUUUUAUGCGG